GUAAUCAAGUGUGGUAGUUUAUUUGUUUUCUUCUAUAAAAACUUAGUUUACAGUCGUUGUUAUUCAAUUGGUGUGAUUUUUCGCAACUCGGUUUCUGUGCUGUGUGUUUUCGUCCGUAAAAAAGUCCAUCAUGCCGAAGAAGGUCAAGAAGGGAAAGGGGAAAGGAAAAGGCAAGGGAAAAGGAAAAGGGAAAAAGAAGGACAAGAAGUUCUCCGAUACAGCCAUGGUCGUUGCCAACACAAGAAUCUGGGAGGCUCGAUUGGACGCCACUGAGAAAUCACGCCAAGAAUUUCGGGAGAAUGCCAAGCACUUGUCAUUGGAGAAUGAAUUGUUGCAGCAUAACAUGCUACAAUCAGAGAAAGAUACUAUAGAUGUGAUAACCUACUUGAAGAAAGAGGACCAUUCCAAGGAAGAAUUAAUUGCCAAGUUGCAGAAACAACUUAAGGACACCCGGAGAGAAUCUAGAAAAGAAAAACAACACAUUAUUGAAGAUUUCACCACAAGACUGAACCAGCUUGAGAGCAAUCUUACAGAGAAGACUGAUGAAGUGAAGAUGAUGCAGAGUGAGCUCAAACUUGUCAAGGAAUUCAGACGGAAACGAGGACAAAUGCAGAAAGAACUGGAUGAGAUCAAAGAUGAAAUGUUCUUGACCAACAAAGAGCACGUGGAGCAGUUGCAGCGAAUGGAACAUAAGUUCUUCGAGGAGAAGAUCCGAUUGCAGCAAGAAGCCAGCCAAAAGAUUGCAGAGCUGGCUGAACGAGCUCAUACAGAGGCAAUAAGUGAGCUUGAUGAGACAACUCGCUCAGUCUACAAAGAGAAUGUCCGAGUCACUGAGGCGUUGAAUUACCACAUGAAGGAAUCAGACGAGUUGAAGCUUGAGAGAGACACCCUACUCAAAGAGAACAAGAAACUGAAGGGAGAUAAAGAGUUGAAUGAACUCAUGAUCCAGGAGAAAGUGGUGCAGAAUGUUAAACUGAAGGAGCAACUUAAACAAUCCCAGAAUAAGAUAGAGAGCCUGGAGGUCUCUUUGAGCCACGUGGUGCGUGAGUUUGAGCAGGAGAGGCAGAUCGUCGUCAGGAAAGCACACGUAGAGACGGAGGCUGGACGUGUAGAGAUCACUAAGCUGAUGAGGACCAUUGAGUUACAGAGUAAAGAGAUGAAGAAAGUUAAGAGACUAGCUAAGACUAUCCUGGAUCAGAGGACAGAAAUGGAGCAGUUUUUCCUCGACUCCUUGGAGACAGUUAAGAAGGAGAUCAUUGCUAACCGAUCCAAGUAUCUCAAAGAUGCAGCAGCAAUGUACCAUAAGAGAAUGCUGGACGCUCACGCCACCAAAGGAGACUAUCCCAAAGUUCGGACCUUCAAGGCGUCUGAUAUGAGCACUAAUAGUGUUUACUCGGACCUCAAAGCGGCUGAGGCUUGGACUGGACUUGGUGGUAAGAUUGAUGUGAGUGAGCUUACAUGGGAACAGCGUGAGCGAGUGCUUAGGUUACUCUUUGCUAAGAUGAACGGCUCACGAGUAAACGCUAGACCACCUAAAAACCUGGGUCCCUCAGCCCUGCAUAGACACCCUGUGAGCAUCAGUGACAAGGAGACUGCCAGCCUUGCCAUUGAGGGACCUCUACCGUCUGAACCAGGUACCUUCAUAACACAGCAUACAGCAGAUGACUUACACUCACACCCCAGACUGCAAGAGUCAGCCAAUAAGAGGGGUAGUACCCCAGUGCUUCCAGACCUUGCCCAGUUAUCUCUCACUGUGGCACCCCUAGACACCAGACAAGAACCUGCUGCUGCUGGUGCUUCUUAAAUAGUCCGAUUGAAGAGAAGAAUCUAUGAAACUCCGUCCAUCAUUUGGGUCCAAUUUCAUGGCUCUACUGUAAGCAAAUAAUCAGCGCUUGCGGAAGCAGGGAAUUUCUGCACUUAUGUCUUGGGUUAGAGUGGAAUUUCGGAUUUUGCACGUGCAUGCUCCACAAAGAAAUUUGUCACUUGUCGUGCGAGCGGAGAAUGGUGAUCGUAAGCGCAGUAUUGGGCGGUAAUUAGAGCCAUGCAGUUGGGCCCUGGUUUGUAAAUAAACUCAUACAAGUUAUGCAAAUGAGAUCUCUACUCUGUCAAAUCGCAAAAACCACUGUAUCGUGCCUUCAAUGUACAUGUACAUGUACAAUUAACACUAUUUUAACUAGUGAACUA